UGUCUUGUUGCAGAUCGUUACACGUGGUACCUGUUUCCUAGUGCCGGUAACAGGUUAUAUGGAUACCAGCAGCAAGCCAACCUUUCAUUUAUGAGCGAGCUUCUUCCUAAUGGGUCUCUUGUGACUAAAGAUAACGGUGUGAAUGGGCUCUGGGUACCACCAGGAGAGAAGGUCACCCUGGGAGAUUUCUCGUCUCGUUGUUUUGCGGAUGCCGCAGUCUGUAAUAACUUUACCGUCUCCUUUCUAUUCAAGAUGAAUGGAAGCAUUCCAGAGAAUGAGACAGUAGAUAUCAUUCAUCAGAUGCCUAUAACAGAUGCAAGUCAUCGUGUUCGGUUCACUGUUUCAAAUAAUAACUCUCAUUUCAAGGCUGUUGCCAUUGUUUCUCGGGAUCUCAACGAGGCAAUGGCCUCUGCUGUGUUUUCCUUCACCGAAAAAUGGAUUCAUGUAGCACUUAUCUACAAAGGGCCAGGUGAUCUCGAGAUUUUCUUAAACGGAACAAAUGACAAAUUGAAUGCCUCCUUAGUUUACUUCAACGGUUCUAUCUCACAAGUCAGCAUGACUCUAGGGGCUUCCAUGAGCUCCAAUGGUUUUUUCGCGAGCUAUUUACAGGUAUUUGAAUACGCGAUACAAGGUGAUGUCAACACUUUAAAGGACGAAAGUUUCACUCAAGGUACGCUCGCCUGACGACUUAGCUUAUCUCUGCUAAAAAAAUGUUUUACCCAAACCUAAACUGUUUUUUAUAUGAUUUUUAAUGAUCUCCUCAGCUUACUAUGUUUUUUUCUUCCUUAGCCACAAACCCAAAUCUUACUACAGUGACAGUUAGGCAGUCUUCAAGAGUUUUUCAAGAGUCAGAUGGAGUCAUUACUAUCUUUAUCGAUAGAGAAGGCAACCUUGGUGUAGUAUCAGUCGUGAUGUAAGUGCAUCAAUGUAAAUUGUUUCGCUGUGUGCCAUUUUUAUGUAUGUAAUGUAGAAAGCCGCUCGCAGAAAUGAAAAACAAAAUCAUCAACAACAACAACAAUAACAAAAACAAUGAAUUUGAGGUCUUGACGCAUUUUAUGUAAACGCUAAAUUCCCUUAAUUGAAUCGUGGGCGAUGCAUGCCAUACUCUGAGAGUAAAACGGGAGGUGACAUAACAGGAAAUCGUUAUCUUCAUCUUACUAAAAUGCAGAUUUCAAAAGUUUUUCUUUCAAUUUUUCUAAAUCAUUUCAGGUACACCCUGUCAGAGGGUACUUUGUCCAACGUUUCGGAUUUCACCAUCGAAGAUUUGUCAUAUGGACAGUUCGUCUUCAAACCUGGAGAGGUUGUUAAACGUUUGUCAGUGAACAUCGUAAACGACACAUCGCCAGAAGUAAACGAAACCUUAAUCUUGAACUUAACAUCACAAGAUGGUAUCACUAGUGUGACAGAAGAGAGUGUUCAGUUAGUUAUCCUGGAUGACGGUGAGUACAGUCAGGUCAGAAAAAUACUGUGGAUUGCAAUGUUGGUAAUCCCACCAUGUAAGAUAUUCCAAGUCUGUCUAGGAAUCUGCUGGAUUCUAAACUAGGGAUUUCGGACUAAGGCACUAUUCCGGAUUCCUUUUCGGUGGCAAAACAUUCCAGUUUCCAAAGCCCAAGAUUCUGGAUUCCACAAGCAAAUAGUUCCAGUAUCCUUGAAUUCGGAUUUUUCAUGAGAGGAUAAAGGAUAAGACAGCCUAUUUCCUAUACUUGUAGAAGCAGUUCUUAUUUGCCAGGCACUUCGUCUAAGUUUUGUAAUAAGAAAAUGAAGGGAGAUUGACUACAUCAAAUGUUACAUUUUUAAGUUUUGAGUUCCUUGACAUCCAUGUAAAAAGAUAUUUUAGAUAUAUACCGUCAUUGUAUAUCCCAAAACUGGGCACUAACUUUAUCGGAGGGGAUGUCAGGAUCAGAAGAAUUAUAACUUGAUCAAUACUAACGAGUUUAUCUUAUUUAUUUAUCCAUUACAUUGCGGUGUUUAUGUGAGGGCCUUAACGGUAAAGGAACCUUGAUAAGAUAUUAUGUGAACCUUCAGGUUAAAUAAAUACUAACUUUUUUUGUCUUAAUCGUUUGUGACGCGUAAAACAUCCCGACCAGAACAAUACUUCGGCAUGGUUAUCAACUGAAAUUUUGUUAUAUUGCAAAGCAAUAACAAAACAAAACAAACAAAAAAGAACAACAACAACAACAACAACCAUGAACAACAAUCAGUGAUUAAUUUGUAACAUCUUGUAGAUAUCGACGAAUGUGCAAGCGGUCCUUGUCAAAACAAUGGAACCUGCACUGACUUGGUAUCAGACUACAACUGCUCCUGUACUCCGGGCUAUACUGGAAAAAAUUGCACUUUAGGUAAGAUACUAUAAGAAAACGUCUUGACUUCUUGCCCUUUUUUUAAAAUACUUUUAUCUUGCUUAAUCUUUGGUUUUCAAAACAUGAACGAUAAUUAAUUUUGUUUGGCGACGGUACGUGCCGACGGUACGUUUAGUUGUGCAUAUAUUCUUCAAAUACCAGAGUUCAUCCGUCGACUUAAUGUUUUAUUUAAGUUGUUCCUCUUAGGUAGUAAUUCAGCUAUUUCUUCUUCGUGAAACGUGUGAAAUGUUCCGUCUUUUUCUACAGCUCUACCAAGACGACGACUUUUUUUCUGUUAUGGUCCUUUUUCUACCGUUUUAGCAGUUUUAACCUCAUUUAUUCGGAUAUAGGAAACGCUUUCCAAAUUUGGUCAACACUAACUGGCUAUGAAGAAUUAGCCGGGAGAUUUGAGCCAAAAUGGAGAAACAUUUUGGAUAAAUAAUACUAAUUAAGCCUAAGUGUCAUUGGUGUUCUGAUGUAAUACCCACAUGUACCUCCUUUGUGCUUCGCAGACACCUACACUUGGUACUUGUUUCCAGUCGGUGAAAAUCGCCUCUACGGUUACGAGCCAAUGUUAAACAUGUCUUUUGAAAGCGAUGAGCUGUCUUCUGGUAUAAAAGUGGCCACGAAGAAGAACGUACAAGGCAUCCAAAUACCACAGGCAAGCGAAAUCGACUUAGGAGAUUUCGCCAGUCCAUGUUUUAAGAACGCCACUGUCUGUAGUGGCUUCAGUGUUUCAUUUUUGGUUUAUAUCGUGGGGCCAGUGAACGUGGGAGAAAGUAUGAAAGUACUGGACUCUAACUCAUCAUUUCGAGGCUCCUAUCAUGUGCAAUUCAUUGUAAGGAGGACUGCUGCGCGCCUGGAGGGACAUGCGUAUGUUGUUGGCGGUAACUCUUCAACUAUUCUUGAUAGAAAAAUAGCUUUUCCUGCAACUGAUACCUGGGUUCACGUGGCUAUUGUGUACUCAGCAGUUUCCACCAGUCUUGAACUGUAUGUGAACAGCGUUAUGGUGACAGCUGGUGACGCUGUGGUAUCUUCUCCUUGGCAAAGUGACAACUCUACUGUUCACUUAUCAUUAGGUUCAAGGACAAACGUUCAUGACAUCUUUGUCAGUUACUUGCAGGUCAUCAAGGGCACCCUAACUGCCACGGAAGUGGCACAACUAGAAAAAGAAAGUCGAGAGCAAGGUAAGUCAACUAAGUUAGUGCGGUGUACACAAUUUCCUGGAGAGGUCAUUUUUGGCUUUAAUAAUGGGGAAAAAGGUUGAAUGUUUUUUCUCUCGGUAAAUAGUGCCUCUUCUUUCCUCAAGCUGCCUUGAAAAUUGUCCUUUCGAAAAAUACUUUCUUGAAAGAGUUCCCUCUUAUGUGGUAGAUAUAUGUUUUACAACAUACUUUAUAAAAUUCGGGAUAUAUUUUCGUUUGAUUUCGCUGUUUGUAUUCAGGUAAAAUGUUUUUGCAGUAAGGACAUGUUAGAGUUUUUUAAUUUUAUCUUAAGUUCUCAAUCCUUCCAGCGACCAGCCCAUUUAUGGUACAUUUGGAAUUAACAAAGAAAAACAUUGUUGCAAGUGAAGAUAGUGGGAAUCUUACGUUGACUUUACCGCGAAAUGGAAACCUUGUUUUGGCUUCAGUAAUCAAGUAAGUGACUAAGACAAUCUUUAGUAAACAUCACUCAAACAACAAUAUUCAUUAGCAGGUGAAUUUCCUUCUUCGUCUUCUUCCUUUGAUUUGUAGCUGAGUUGUUAACUCCGAUUUUAGGAAAUAACUCCACAGUGGAGGAUACAUUUAAGCGUAUUUCUGACACCCUUAGGCAGAUCUAGACACGGUAUGAAAACGUAAGCAGAAAAUAUUUUUUACCAAAAUGUUUUUUCCUUUCCUUUUGUUUUGUUUUUGUUUUGUUAUUUUUAAGUUAUUCAAUAAAAGAAAUCACUGCUACGGCCGGGGCUGACUUCUCUCGAGUUCCAGGUAGUGGUGAAGCGGUUAUCCGGCCUGGGGAGACAUCUGCUGGCAUCUCAGUGGAGAUCAUAGACGAUGUAAUCUCUGGUGAAGGAAACGAGACAUUAUCUGUAGCAAUAUCUACAUCAGAUAACGUAACAACGUUCUCGGAAGUGGAAGUGAAUAUCACUAUACUAGACAAUGGUAUGAAUAUUAAACCACAGAAAUUUUUUCGGGUUAAUUUGCAAUUUAUUGCUUAAAUUGGUAUUACAGCUGCGACGAUCAUAUUUUCGUUGAAAUUUGUUUUCCGCAGUUCACGUCAUCUUUAUCCUAUUUUCUUUUCUUUCAUGGUUAAGACGAAUUCACCUAAUUGACCUGUUCUAAAAUAUACGUCUUUAUAGCUCAGUUGAUGGAGCAUUGCAGCGCUAACGCAGAGGCCAUGCGUGUCUAAAUCCCGUUCAGUUAAAGCCCCGAUAUUAUUUUUGGGUUUAUUUGCAAUUGCUGAAACUGCUAUUGCAACUGCGACGAUCAUAUCUUCAUUUAAAUUAGUAUGAACAUUGUUAUUAACUAUUAGGACUUUCUUUGGUUUGUCGUACCUUUUGCCGAGUGGAUUGCCUCAUGUUAAUAAGAUAGCCUUUAAAAAUUCUCCUUUAUAGUGCGAGAAAGCGCAAAGAUGGCGUGAGCUCCUUUUCCCUAAACCACGCUUGCCGACAUGACUUUCGCCUGUUCCAUUUACCCUGUUCGUUGGCGAGCACAAAGACGACGGCCUAAUUCUUGCAACUGAUGUUAUCGCUUAUCCGUCGCGGUUAUUUUUAAGAUUUCAAAAACUAAAUUUCCCUUCAACUGUGAGAAAGUUUUUUUUUCCAUAACCGAGACCAACCACGUUUUCAUACUGUAUUCUAUCUUGAAGCAGGGCUUCCGCACCCAAAGCUCCGUGCCUAUAAAAGCAUUUGGUGACUUAUCGAUGAGAGAAAUUUUGGUUUUGAUGUUAGCGCACGCCGUCCUGCCCGCCCAGCCAUACGUACUUUAAUUAAGAAGAAGAGAAGACUUUGUCGAGGAGGGAUCGCGGGAAGCCCCAGACACGAACGCUUACGUAAGCCUUGGCGAAACGUUAGCCAGUUUAAAUGCAAACACGGCAUUUUCAUGUCUUACACUUUUGUGCUAUGGUUACUUAAUAACCCUUUUUUAAAAUUUAGAUAUCAAUGAAUGUGCUUCCAGUCCAUGUGUUAACAGCGUGACCUGCAUAGAUCUUCAUCUCAACUUCAGCUGCAUAUGUCAAAUGGGAUUCACAGGGAAUAAUUGUUCUCAAAGUAAGUUUACCGGUUAAAAAGGCUCUCUGUUUUAAUACGUCUUAUAUUUUGACACUGCUACGGCAAUAAAUUCCUUACGUAAAGAAAAACAGCAGGGGCGGAUCCAGGAUUUUUUUUAGGAGGGGGUGCACUUGUCUCUUGCUCUACUUCAACACCAAUAAACCACUUGGUUUUUUUUUUUGGGAGAAUUCCAGCUGUAUUAGAAAACCGCAGGUCAUCUAAGGGGGGGGGGGGUGCGCACCCCCCGCACCCUCCCCCUAGAUCCGCCCCUGAACAGUGAGAGUCUUACUUAAAAACUACUUAUAAUAUUAUGUUGUAAUACAUGUAUGUAAAUAAAAAGCUGAUGUAGACCUGCAAAAAAUAUAUUUCCUACUUACAGAUACAAAUAAUACGAUAUAAUACGAUAAUAUCCUGAAAUACAUCCUAUGAAAACAUUCCCAUGCAGAUUUUAUAAUUCUAUGAUUCCAGUGUAUGAUAAAUAAGUAAAUAACUAAACACAUCAUUGGAACAUAAUAGGGUACAGCCUAAAAGUAUAUAAAAAACUUUGAAUUCUUUUUUGUUGAUAAUGACAGCAGCCUCUUUCUGGAGGUUGGUUUUAUUAAUUAUGUUCCGGGCCUUUUUCAGGCUAAGCUUAAAGGUCUUUGCAUUCUUAAGUUCCUUUAGAUCGUUGGAGAGACUGUUCCAGAUUACUAGUGUUCCUCUAUACCUUAAACUAUUUCUGCCUACUUCAGAUUUACUUCGGACGAUUUCAAGUUGAAACCUUCUGCUCAUGUCGUAUCCAUUGUCCUCCUUCUUCUUAAAAAUGUUGUCGAUCUCAGUUUCGAUAUUACCAUAGUAUUCUUGAUGCAUAAGAGCAGGUUAAUAACCUUCUUUUAUAUACGUUGGAUAAUGGUUGCUAGUCAGCCCUAGCUCGACUUUGCUCGUUAUUUAACUCUGGUAGUAGAUUAAAUAUGGUUCUGGCUGCUCUAAGCAUGUAUUCUCUCUGUUUUACCAAUUAAUAAGGCUGGGGAGCAAUUUCUGUUCCCCCGACAGAGAUAGAAUAGACUACACAGGGAAUAAUUAUCUUAAAGUAAAUUUCUUCUCUGACCUUCCUGGGAAGAUUACUCAUUCUUUUUAUGGAACCAACCUUUUAAGAGAAAUUUUUGCAUGUACUAGAUAUCUGUACAGAUCAUGACAGAUUCUGAUCAAGCGCUUUUACAGUAAAAAGGUUUUCUGGUCUUUUUAUCUGGUAGCUUAUGUAAUCUACACAGUGUUUUAUAGCUCAGUAUAAACAUUUUAAUCGGUUUGGACAGCAGCUUUCUAUUACUGACAUUGUGCGACAUAUUUAACUGUAUUUAACUUUUGAAAUAGUAAUAUAAAGGGCCCCUUUUUCUUGUCCCCAAAUGUUUCUUUUUCGAAUUCUUAGCAAAUAGGGUGCGAGUUAUUAAGAAGUUCUCAAGGGAAUUAUACUAUCCAGUAUGUUCCUUUCCCGUAAUUAACAUCGCCUCUCUCCUGGUUAAACACAGGUACUUCUAUGCCUCAAGAAAAAACAUAUACAACAUUUUAAACAGAACAAGAGAUAUACAGCGAACGGAGUGGGUGAAUGUAUUAAUGUGUUAGUUAAGCUUAGUUACAUAUGAAGUGCUGAAAUUGUUUUCAUAUUCCCCUACAGAUAUAGAUGAUUGUUCUAGUGGGCCAUGUGAAAACGGAGGUACCUGCAUUGAUCUGUUCAACGGCUUUAACUGUACAUGCCCACUGGGAUUCACCGGAAGAAACUGUGGUAUUAGUAAGUGCUCCUUAACUGUCCGAAAAUUGAAGCUGUUAGUGUGAUUCUCAGGACGCCAGAGACUAUAUCAUGUGCUUUUUGUGGUUUACAUGUUUGAAUCUGUUCGCCCAGCGGCACUCGCUGCACCCGUCGCAAGCGAGAAAAAAGAAUGGUGCCGAUUUAUCGAGUUCUCUAUCUGGAUUUCGAGUGACAAGUCCGACUACAACGGAGGCUAAUAAUAUGACCCUUCACUAGAUUACCUUACAGGGCAACUGAUCGAAGCUUUUUAUUUUAUUUAUCUUCUUAAAGGAUAGUCAGUUGACAAUGUCUGAUACAUAAUAAGCAAGGCUUUAAAGAAACGGUUCUGUUUUAGUGCACAAGGUACUAUUUUUAUCUUCAUCUAUUUAUUUUUUUGCUCAUUAUUUUAUGUCUGUUUUCAUAGAUAUCAACGAUUGUACUCAUAGCCCCUGCCAGAAUGGAGGAAGUUGUAAUGAUUUGAUUAAUGACUACAACUGCACUUGCGUCCCUGGAUACACUGGCAAAAACUGCUCUAAAGGCAAGAAUGACUUUCCUUUCAAUUAACAAUACCUAUUACGAUAAAGUGUUAAAUAUAAGAGUAACAAUUCCAAACAAAUAACGAAUGGAGGAAGUUUAGAUUUCCGAACAACCCCAUUUAUUUAUUAUGCUGGGGCGUCUUUGAUACAAUUUAACACAAACAUGAUGUACAGUAGUUUUUAUUGUCUCCCUAAGGGAUUUUCAGAGUUAAUUUACAAUUAAUGAUGAAAAGAAGGAAAAUAAGAAUAAGUUACAAUAGAGUAUUGCAGGUAAAUGUCUUAAGCUAAAACAUUAAAAUUUACAUAUUAUUAGAAACUGAAUCAUAGGAUAAUGCAAUUCUAGAGCUCUGAUCGGCGUUGCCAUCAUGGAAUACGAGCCAUUAUUACCACAUCAUGCUCUCAAAAUGUGGUAAUUGUACGAGUCUGCUCAAAAUUAAAAACAAGCUGAAAAUCGGUUGUUUUUAAAUGUCAAAUAAAGUCGGGAGGGAUUCUUCAUAUUUUGUGGGCGUUUGUUCCACUCGCGCCUGUUGGAUAUGAGAUGAUUGUUGCCAACUCGGCGAUACGCGCCUCGUUGGCUAUUCUACCAUCUCAUAUCCAAAGUGCAUUCGUGGAAUAAUUGCUACUUAUACAUCUAGCCGAAUUUAGGAAAAUCGCAUCAGCUGGCAACUCUAGGCCACACAGCUUAACUUGACUUAAAUAAAGGGGCUAAUGACCAAUAUUUUAAAGAAAUUGAGCUCUUACUCAUAAGCCCUCUAUGGUGACUGUUCUCUUGGUCCCUGGUUAGCAAAGAAAUAUUCAAGUCUAUCAAAAAGACACUCUCAACUUGGCCAUCUCUGGCUGCUUUAAGGCCCACGAGAUCGAGGCAGCUCAAGCUAAGACUAAAACUAGCCCUAAGAAGAGAAUUCAAGGCCACAUCAUCCCCUGUCCUGACACAGCCUUGCAGCCAAGCAGAUCGGUGAGGGGAUUCCUUUCAUUGGCAAAUCGGCCAACAUGGCCAGUGAACUGAUUCUCCAGAGAGAUUAACUGACCAUGCGACGCUUUUGCAGAACCUCCCCCCGCCGCUGAGGAUUGACAUGGAGGCCCCUUCCCAUCCCAUGGCAAGUUAGCUCAGGGACUGACCUUAACGAUGGGACAAAUUAAGAAAGAAAAUUCUCACCGCAAUCACCAGAAAUCCGGUUUUAGCCAGGUUUCUGUGCAAAUAGUCUGGGCCUUUUUCAGGCACGUUUUAUGUAUAUACGUAUUCCGUAACAGUAUUCAAAGUUAUCUUUAAAAAAAAGUCAAAAUUAGACUUAUAGUUUGGUACAUAAUUCACACUAACAUUGCGCUUAAAACUGGCGGAGGAUUGACUGUUUCUUGUGUUGGCACUCAGAGAAUUCCAUAUGUUGACUGAGUAAAAUUGAAAAGGGCGUUGAGUAGUGGUUGUUUUACACUGGGAAGAUCUAAAUUAACACUUUGUCUAGUAUUAUAACAAUGCACAUCUGAUCUCUUGCUACUUUAAUUACUUAAAUACGACGGGGUAUAGCCGUUUACAAUUUUGUACAUUUGCAUGUACAUCGCGCACCAGCAGUUGAUCUUUUUAAAGAAAGGAAAGGCAUCCUAAUUCCUAAAGGAACGGUGAGACAUGAUCAAACUACUUACGAGUUGUAACUUCUGUAUGUUCUGUUUGAAAGUGUAUAGGAACUUACUAAAGACAAGAUGAGUUAAAAUAGCUAAAAGUAGGGGUUUAGAAAAUAGGUGCUUGACCUAAACGUACGUAGAAGGGGCGAAGUCAGAUCAUUAGUAUAAUGGCCAAGACUUUGACUGAGGGUACAGAAAUAAGAUCCUGACUAAGGAGAGUUAUAGUAACGCCCUUUACUCUGUUCAGGAGCUACCUUGUUCCAAACAAAAUUAGUUCAGUUUUACUUGAUUUGAUCAUUAACUGCUUCGAGCAACUCCGACCAGCAAUAUGGCGAAGGUCUUCUAUGAUUUUGGCAAGACAGGAAUCGGUAUCCUCUGAAGAAAAGGAAAGAUAAACCAUUGUGUCGUCAGCGUAGGAAUUGAUACUCGGAGACUCGACUGCGGAAGGUAGAUUUUUCAUAUAAAAACCAAACAACAUGGGUCCUAUGAUGGAUCCCUGGGGUACUCCCUGUGUGAUUGUAAGUUCUUCAGAUCGUUAAGCGCCAAGUCGAGUGGACUGCUUGCGAUUGGUAAGGUAGCUUUGAACCAUUCAAGGAACUGAUUUGACGUGCCCAGAUUACGCAGUUUGAAGAGACGUGUUUUUAUAUGCAAAUGCUUUGAUAAGGUCUAUCAGGACUUCAUUUCUUCCAUGGCCCUGAAUAUGUGAUUAGUAAUAAGCAGGCUUAAGGUUUCUGCAGAGUGAUACUUGCAAUUCCCGCUUUGAUGUUGAGUAAGCCUAUUACGCUGAGACAAAUACUUAUCAAACUGAGUUAGAGCCAUGAGUUAGAGCAAUGUAGCUGGCAUGGGGAUAGGUAAAGAAAAUUGUAACAGUUCAAAAUCGAUCCCUCUUCAGUUACUGUACUCACUCAGGAUAUGUAAAAGCCUUUGAGGCUGCUUGCUACCCGUGAAUUGAGAGUGUAUUACUAACAUGAGAAGUGUAAUUUGUACUUUUUUUCUAAUGUCUCACUUAGCAGCCAGUGAAGUAACAACAACACUGUCAUGUAUUCUUUUUAGAAUCCUACCUGUGGUAUCUGUUUCCAACUGGAGCGAGCCUUCUUUAUGGCUAUGAUCCGACGAACAAUCAGUCAUUUAACAGCAAUCUUUUACCAUCUGGCGCCACAGCCAGCCGCAAGGAAGGGUUUCGUGGACUUUGUAUACCAUCAGCAACAGAAGUCAUUCUUGGUGAAUUUGCCGACGAGUGUUUGAAACAAACUUGCGACGAAUUUACCAUUUCAUUUCUGGCUUAUAUUAAUGGAACAGUGGCCAGAGAUGAAGAGGUGCAAAUAUUAUAUUCCACUCCUGUGAGCCAAGGACAAUACCAUGUACAGUUUACUGUCACAAAGACUGUUUCACGGUUGCAAGGCCAAGCAUUCAUUGUGGGCGGCAAUUCUACAAAUCUUCUUGAAAGAAAAGGAACAUAUCCAGGCGUGGACAGAUGGGUCCAUGUUGCCAUUGUUUACUCAAAAUCCCUUCAUCAACUUAACUUGUAUUUUGACAGUGUAAGGGUGGCAGAUCCGAACUCGACUAUAAAUUGGGAUAACAGUGGAGAAAGCGUUAAUAUUUCACUAGCUCACAGUGGAAAUGUGAGAGAUAUAUGUGUGAGUUACUUUCAGAUAAUAAGAAACCUGUUAACUGAGCUGGAAAUAAAACAGUUGGAAGAAGAAUGUCGAGAACAAGGUAAGAUUGUAAGAAAUUGAUAGACUGAAGGUCCCGGGCCACGGAAGCUGUUUUAAGCAUUUAAGAUGGAAGUUUUCAGUUAGAAAAGGGACAACAACCACCACCGUGACCACCAACAACAAAUAGACUGGCUAGGCGAUUAGAUACGUGGUUAACAAUUCUUAAAUAAUGAUUUUAAAAUAUGUCUUCGGGGCCAGUAAAAUUAAUUACGGGCCGCAGCUACGUAACAUUUAGUGCCUACAGACUACAUGAAGAAUAGCAUAUUUCAGUGUCCUUGGCCAAAAUAACGGUGAAAUUGAGAGUACUUGUAUGCAGUUUCCGAUAGAGCUUGGUGGUUUCUGUGGUUAGUGAGCCCAAACAAAUGCAAGCAGGCUACUUAACCGCAACAAACAGAAGAAUGCAUGUAUGUUGUAUGAUACCGCUUCGUUCUUGACUAUGUAAAUGUGCCUACUAUGCGCAUUGUAAAAAGGUUGCGCGCUAGCAUGUUCGGUUUGUGCACAAGUGACGCUCUACAACAUUUGCACUUAAAGAACAUUUAUUCAUUGUUUGCGCUUCAUUCCUUAGCCUUCCUAAAACUGCCCGUUCAGAUGUCAUUAACAAUAUGUGAAAAGUCCUUAUCGCAAAUAAAUUAUAUCGAAAAUAUGCCUUCCACCAGUGAAUGAAAGUACGUUUAUCUUAACGUCUAUUUGCAAAAUGCUGGAGGUGUACUUACUUACAGAACCCGAUUAAUCCAUUUUUUUGCAAUGAUGGGUGGGUAGCAGAAAAAAAAGACGAGAAAAUUUCCAGCUUCCUUGCUUCAAUACCAGGCAGCAAGCUAAACUGCUUAAAUCUUCUUUUACUUCUAAUUGCUCUUCUUUUGAUUUGUUUUACGAUCUUUUAUAGCGGCUAAUCCUUCCGCGGUGGAAGCAAAAUUUGCCCAGAACAAUACAGAGGUGGAAGAAGAAGCUGGAGCAGUUGUUGUUCCUGUAAUUCGUAACGGAAACAUCUUUUUAGCGUCGGUUUUACAGUAGGUCAACUUAUGAAACAUUUACUUUCUAGAAAUAUAUAAUUUUGCAUUGCUCAGUUACGAUUUGAUGACAUUAAACAACUAUUGGACUAGACUCAGUGAAAUAUCGAGAUUUAUCAGAGGGGAAUAGACCACUAUUAUUGAUUGUUAUUCAUUCAAAAUGUUUUUCGGUCACUGAGUGCCUCCAAUCCCCAGGGCAACCUCUUCUGAUAACCAGCUAACGUUGACCAAAUUUAGAAGACGUUUCUGAUAUCCAGUAAAGUGACGUCAAUAGUAAUGGCUGUCCACCAAAGAAAGGACGGCAGCUGAGGAGUCUGGAGGACGAAGUUGGGUUAGCUUACUGCUGUUGGUAGAAAUGGAGAAAAUGGCGGUAGAUUUAACACGUUUUUCGAAGAAGAAAUUGUCGGACUUUUUGCUAGUAAAACUACCAAUAACAAAGUGAGAAGAAGAGAACAAGAGAAGAUUAAGGGCAGUCCCCGAGGCGAUCUUUGCACGUUUUAUCCGUGUUAAGCGGACCGAUAGGAAGUGUUUGUCGAUCCAUCCAAACUCAGUCAGACGAAUUUAAAUGUGACAGACGUGAGACACUUUAUUAACUUAACUCACUCAGUUGUGUUUGUUGCAUGAUAAAUUCGACGUGUGGCGUUGGCCUUAAAAAAACUAUUUAUAUAAUCUGACGAUAUCCAAAUCCUACUGCUUUAUCCAAGGACAUUAUUGUAAACAUUAAUAACAAGACGGUAAGGACAAAAGUGACUUGAGGCUUCCUCACAUUUUCUGUCCUUCUUCAGGAAAAAAAAAUCUUACCUUUUUUUGUUGACCCUAAUUGUAAUGUAUUUAUUUAGAUUUAAUUCCAGCGAUGGCGAUGCUGAAAUAAAUGUGGAUUUUGAUCAUCGGUUAAAUCAGGAAAUUAUCUUUAAGCCUGGAGAGGUGUAUGCUGGUAUCCCUGUGAACAUUCUAAAUGAUUUUUUACCCGAAAACAACGAGGCUUUUUAUCUCACACUUACUACGUCAGACGAUGUCACUACAAUAACCACUGGCUUCACGACCGUUGUUAUUCAAGAUAAUGGUAUGUGUAGAAACAACUAGGAGAAAACGUGUCAAAGAUAAUCAUAUACAGUAUUAAAUCUUGAGGUUACAAAAAAGUUACUAACAGCUCAGUGGCAUCACUAUAAUACAGCAAAAAUACAAUGCGGAAGUGUUUGUAACAAACACGUGACAGUUACAUUGACUUAUUACCCUGCGGCCCUUAAUGAAAUAAAGAAAAGAUAUGAAAAGUAUUAUAAAGGGUGCACAGAACCUAUUUUUCUCUUCAAAACAGGCGAAUUUACCUCCAAAAUACAGUGUCUACCCUAUCGUGGGGACAAAUUGACAAGUAUGACGUAGAAUGAUUUGCAAGAAUGUAGAAUAAAUUAACAACAUGGCGGCAAAUACCAGGAUGGUCAUUUUUGGUAAUUCCCCAAUCAAUUUGAAAAUCUUCAUUUACCUCGCUAUACCUUGUUACAGUCAGAUACAUCGCUUAAUAACUCAAAGCAUAAAGCAAUGACCGGAAUCGAAGAGAAGCCUGUGCAAAUUGACUAACGUCACGUGACGUCAUCAGCCUUUCUUUGAUACUUUACUCGCUGAUAGCGACAUUUCUGAGGAGGAAAAAACAGUAUUUUUGAGUUCCAAAAUCCAAGAAUUUUUUUUGAGACACAUUGCGAAAGUUCAGAAAUGUUGAUUAAACUUAUCUAAGGACCAAAAAUAGUACUGUCUCGUGUACAUUUAAAGCACUCCAGUAAACAGAGCUCGGCUUUUGUCAUUAGAUGUGUUUUCAAUGUUAAUGUUUUAGUAAACCCCAGGAGGAGACAUAUCUAUCAAUGAAUUUGAAGCAGCUAAUGAAAAAAUAUAAAGAGAUAAGUCCCAUUCAAAAUCAACCAAUCAGUGAAAAAUCACGUCAAUCAGUUAAUCUUUUCUCAAACGCACAAAAAUUUUUAACUUUUGUGGUAACGAAAAAAAUCAAUGUCUGUCAAUUGAACUGAUGAGACGUUGUUACGCCGCAAAAUGUAACAAUUGACGCAAAAUGUAACAUUAACGCGAAAUGUAACAACUUUUUAACGCGAAAUGUAAAAACUUUUUGCCGCAAAAUGAAAAAAUAUUUUUAACGUGAAAUGUAACAAGCAAAAUGUUACAGCCUUGAAAUAACUGAGAGACUUGGACAUGAGCCUUGUAGAUAAAGUGUGGAUUGUCUGGUGGCUACAAGAACAGUUAUUUUUCUUAUUUGAUUCAAUCAGCCAUUAAAAAUUUCUUUCAGAUAUCGAUGAAUGCGCUCUCGUGCCAUGCCAGAAUGGUGCUACAUGCACAGAUCUACCGCUGAAUUACAGCUGUACAUGUAUCUUGGGUUUCACGGGAAGGAACUGCAGCAUCAGUGAGUAAAGAUCGUUGUUUUAUGAAAAAUUAUUCUUUAUUUUCUGGCUCAAUACGUUUUCUAAAGUAAACUGCCGCACCUCUGUUUUCAAUUUUUAUUGGUUUUGGCCGGUUAUGUUUGGGAAAUGGCUCCGAAUUGAAAGUUUAAGAUAUUAACUAGAUAACUUCUGUAAAAGAUCCAAGAUUACUUAAAAACUUGGUUUAUAUACUCCCAUUUUUUUCUACAGUUUAUCUACCCUUUUAUCUGUCGUUAAUGUUUUGGUGGUUCUUGAAAAAGUCUACACAAACUUUAUAGUAAAGUUUGUCUUCUCCCGUUAACAGACAUUGACGACUGUGUAGAGAACCCAUGCCAAAAGAAUGGUUCAUGUAUUGACCUUGUGCACGACUACCGCUGUAGCUGUUCUGCAGGUUACACCGGAAAGAAUUGUAGUGUUGGUAAGGAACUUGACCUAAUUAAAACAUUUUAUACAAGUAAUGUCCCAAGAAAAAGAAAGGAAGUAUCAGAAAAAGGAUUUUUCUGA